GCUGGAUCUGCCUACCGUGAGCUUCCAUACACGCCUUCGGUGAUUUCCUCCACGCAAUCAGUAGCGAAACGGACCUAUCCCAGCGUUUUUACGGUGGAAAGAACCAAAACUGGAACUCGGUUUCAAUUUUUGAAGGGCACGUUGCACUUCUCAUCGGAAAAAUAGAAGGCCUCAAGGAGCCUCGAGGAUCAACGUUAACCGAUCACCAUGGAAUAUUGCGUGGCUACUUAAUUCUUAGUUAUUCAUUCUGAAACAGCAUGCCUCACCUGCUGACCACAGUGGACCAUCCGACAUCUCUUGCAUCUCAGACAUCGCACUAUAGGGCAUCGUAGCCCUGAGACUUGAUCAACCAUCCGUAUUCUAACUCAAUCAGCGAUGUCUUAUAUCGGUGAUGCGUUCAUACCUUCCCCGCCCUCCGACUUCGAUGAAGCGUUCGUACCCUCCCCACCCUCCGACUUCUAUGAGACGGAGCCAGACGAAUCGCCUCCUCUGCCUGUGAGGGUGCGUGUGCGGCAUGAGGCAGAUGCCCCGAUACCACUCCGCGCAGUGCGCUAUUCAUCUCGCAAAAAGCGAUGGGCCCAGACUUCCAACUGCGCCAGAGGCGUUAGGGAGCCCCUGCCGUCUGACAUCCGCCUCGUGACCUGGAACAUCGACUUCGCAGCUGCUGAUAAGAAGAAGCGGCUUCUUGCUGCCCUCUCCCACAUCCAGCAACACGUUCUUGACUGCAGGACCGCUGAUGAACGACCUGACCCAUGUUGCAUCCUGUUGCAGGAGGUACACGCGUCCGUUUUCACGCAGAUCCUCAACGCCGAAUGGGUGCGACGGUAUUUCAUAGUUGUUCCCACUAGUGUGGACAAGUGGCCAGAUCAAGCAGAAUAUGGAAAUGUCACGCUGGUCUCCCGCACAAUUCCUGUGGUCAAUGCCUCUACCAUCGUAUUCAGCAACUCUGAGAUGAAACGCAACGCCGUGUUCGUUGAUAUUAAACUGAGCAUCCCAGCUCACGAGGACGAACCUCGCCUAUCAGGAGGCAUCGUGACCCUGCGCAUUGCAAACACGCAUCUUGAAUCUAUGCCAAGUGGGGCAACAGCACGCCCCAGGCAAUUGAAACUCAUCGCAGCUGCAUUGCAUGGGAAGGGACUCUUCGGAGGCAUUGUUGCAGGGGAUAUGAAUGCUAUCGGGCCUACUGACGAGAAGAUCGUGGAAGAGGCUGGGCUGUAUGACGCCUGGGAGGGGGGUGAUGAUGACGAAGAAAGCUUUACCUGGGGGUAUCAGCCUGCGGGGCGGUUUGCACCUGGCCGGUUAGACAAGGUGCUCUCUACCGGACAAGAGGGCUUCAAAGUGGAUGAGCCAGAGAGGAUAGGAAUUGAUGAAGCGAUUGGGAGGGGUAAAUGGGUGAGCGACCACUAUGGGUUGGUUACACGCGUGCACAUCGUGCGGGAAGAUUGAGAUAAUGAAUGGGAACUGCGGACGUACGCACGAAUCAGUAACUGAUGUAUUUUUACGCUAUCAACGGCAUGCCGAACAACGAUUCAACGAACUUCAAGUUCAUCGCCAGUGAACUUGUCGACCCCAACGAAAGCCCCAAACUGAUUCUAGCCAUGAGAGACUCGCUAUAGGUUAAAGCUAUGCGUUAGGUUCAUGAUUCCAAGUACUUGCAGGAGUACUUACUUUUGUAUGUACUUGGCUAUCGUAGUAAUUUAAGUGGAGUUGGCGUGGCGUGUUUGGAAGAAUGAUGAUGUAAAUAAACAUUCGGGCAAAUAAA